AUGCCGCCAUUUCGCAUCAGUCUACGAUUGCUGGCCAUUGCGAUCGUUGUUGCUGCCGUAUUUUAUUUGACUGGUUUCCUGUAUGGAAACCACCGAAGAAACAUUAUCGCUUAUGAUUACCCGAAACAUUUUGGAAGUGAACUACAAAUAACAUCCAAAAACAUGCAUUCCAGUGAAGAAGCACUAAUUCUGAGCCCAACGCCGGAAGAACCGAACAAUCUAUUGGAUUUCUCACAACGCCGACGAAGUUUGCUGAUCUUCGGGGCCGACCGAUCGGGAACGACUUUUAUCAGCCGAAUGUUUAGCGAAGAUCCGCAAAUGUUUAUGAUCUACGAGCCGCUCUGGGUUACAAAGGCAUGGAGGAAAAAGCAACCGAGCGAGGAUUGGACGCGUAGUGAGCUUGAAGUAAUAGAUGGAAUUCUUAGCUGUAAUUUUACAAAAUUUCCAUUAGCUACAAGAUUUCUGGCCCACACGUCACGAAAAUGGUCGGGCGCCUCUUUUAAGAAUCCAUUCUUGUCAGAAAACUUCUGCAGCGUCGCAGAGUCCAGGAAAAAAUCUUGCCCAGAUCUCUCUUUGGUUCCAAACUUUGCCGCCGAAAUGUGCGCAUCUCGAUAUCGGCACAGUGUUACUAAAAUAGCCCAGGGACGAGUCCCUAAGUUAGAAUUGUCCAGUAUUGUGCCUCAGGUAUUUAUAGAAAACCCGGACACAGAUAUCAAAGUCAUUCAAAUUCUUCGAGAUCCGCGCGGAAGCCUUGCGUCAAGGAUAAAAUUAGGUUGGAUGCCGAACCACACUUCCCCAUCAUUUGUUCAUCAAGUAAGAUACCCUUGCACGAGAAUUGCAGAAAACGUAAAAUAUGGCAGAAACCUGCCAGAAGAGUACCGAAACAAAUACAUGGAAGUGUAUUACCGAGAUAUUGCCAAAUAUCCAAUCAAGACGUCGUUAAAGAUUUACAAAUUUGCCGGCUUUGAGAUGCCGGAAGAUCUGUUAAAGUGGAUCGUUGUGAACACCAGUCCAAGUGCAGAAGCUCUGGUCAGAGAAGCAGGCAAACCAUUUUCGUCCGUUAGAAAUUCCUCUGCUAAUACAGAAAGUUGGCGGAGUGCUCCAGAGGAGCAAAAUCGAAUAAUAGAACGAGAAUGCUUGGAAUUAAUGCAGCUUAUAGGGAUAGAAAAAUAA